UUAAUUAAUUGAUUAAACAGAGUUGACUAAGAUUUGCUCAAUGCUUGCUGGCUACCUUGCUGCUUCGCGUAUAUGGAGUGAUUCAUUCCUUCCUUUCCAAUUUCUGAAUUAGAUCCAUUCAGAUCCCUCUCUCUCUUUCAACGAGCUGCUUUUCUUCGAUCAGUCAUGGCGGGGAAGGGGCGGCCGCAGUACGGUAAGGGCGGCCUGAUGCGCAAAGCCACGUCGUCGUCGUCCUCGGCGUUCCUCCUCUACGGCCUCAUAAUGCUGUCCUUGCUCAUCGUCGUUCUUUUGUCUUUCGGAGUUUUCUCCAUUAACAGCGGCAAACGUUCCAAGGAGUCGCACAAACCGCAUGACCUCACCUCCAUCGCUCACAAUUCAGCACACUCAAGCGAGAGAGAUGAGGAGAGGAAGGAUCAGUGGGUUGAAGUUAUCUCUUGGGAACCUAGGGCAUCCGUUUUUCAUAAUUUCUUGACGAACGAAGAAUGCGAUUAUCUUAUUAGCAUUGCUCAGCCACAUAUGGAGAAGUCAACUGUUGUUGAUAGUGCGACCGGGAAAAGCAAAGACAGCAGAGUCCGUACAAGUUCUGGAACUUUUCUCCAUAGAGGACGAGAUAAAGUUGUACAGAGAAUUGAGAAAAUAAUUGCAGAUUUCACCUUCAUCCCUGUAGAACAUGGUGAAGGACUUCAGAUUCUUCACUAUGAAGUAGGGCAGAAGUACGAGCCACACUAUGACUAUUUUCUGGAUGAAUUCAACACUCAGAAUGGUGGUCAGCGAAUAGCCACAGUCCUCAUGUACUUGUCAGACGUCGAGGAAGGUGGUGAAACAGUAUUCCCAGCUGCGAAAGGAAAUUAUAGCGCUGUGCCCUGGUGGAACGAGCUAUCCGAGUGCGGGAAAGGAGGACUUUCUGUUAAACCGAAAAGGGGAGAUGCACUCCUUUUCUGGAGCAUGAAGCCUGAUGCAUCUUUGGAUCCCUCAAGUUUGCAUGGUGGCUGUCCUGUCAUAAAAGGGAACAAAUGGUCAUCGACAAAAUGGAUGCGCGUACACGAGUUCAAGGCCUAAUUUGCUGCACUCCCAAUGAGUUUUGAUUACCCAAUGACCCACCCACCCUGUCAUCAUUUUUUUACACUAUACGGCUACUUUUCUGAGCUGAGCUGUGAAUCUUGAUGUCCUGGGAGAGAGUGUUGUCGAUAUAUCAUACAAUCUUACCUUACACACGUGUUGUUUAUGUUUGUUUUUUUGUUCUGUAAAAUUCACAACAUUCGUUGGUAUCGGGUCGAAAUCCCUUUUAUGUAUCAUUCACUACUACCACUAUAUACCUUCUUUGUUCUUACCACAUGAAUAGAGAACAUUAGCUUCACUUGACUAAUAUGUUUCCCGAUGGAUGAACUAACUUGUUUUAGCAUCCAUUAAUUAGAUUUCAAUUUUGCAUUCCAAUUAUAAAUGUUGAGAGCUUGUUUAAAUCUUCA